AUGGCGCUAAAAAAUUUUACUGAAGACGACAGCAAAACACUCGAAGAACUAUCCUGUUCGGCGGAAUUUCUCAGAGGUGUAGAUGGCGAACUUAUCUUUUUUUCAGCGCUAAAUAUUUUUCUUUCUAUUUCUGCAUUUCUGGGGAACACUCUGAUCCUAGUUGCCCUACACAAGGAAACUUCACUUCAUCCGCCGUCCAAACUCCUGUAUCGUAACCUAGCGAUAGCUGAUCUGUGUGUUGGUAUCACUGCGGAGCCUUUGGCUGUGACUUAUUGGACUUCCGUCUUGAAAGAAAGAUGGGAUAUUUGCUAUUACGCAAAUUUGGCACUACUUUUCUUAGGAUAUACUUUGUGUUCAGUGUCUUUACUAACAUCUGCUGCAAUAAGCGUCGACAGACUUCUCGCCUUGUUGCUGGGGCUCAGAUACAGACAAGUUGUAAUUUUGAGAAGAACAUGUAUAAUUGUUUUUGGUUUUUGGAUUUUGUCCAUCGUUGGCUCAUCUACUAUAUUUUCGAAUCCUCGUAUACUUCCUUGGUGUCAAUACAUAUUUACAGCCCUGUGUCUAGUCACCACAAUCUUCGCUUACACAAAAAUUUCCUAUACUCUGCGUCAUAAUCAAAUACAUGUUCACAACCAUGUUGCUCAAGGACAACAGAGCCAAGCAAUUCCCGCACUGAACAUAGCUCGAUACAGAAAGGCAGUGUACAGUGCAAUGUGGGUGCAGGGAACAUUGAUUAUUUGUUAUCUGCCGUAUGGUAUAGCAGUAGCUUUGAAACGUCAGAGAGGGAUGACUUUAUCCAUUUACCUUGCUCAGCAAUUUACGGCUACCUUAGUGUAUUUAAACUCAUCAUUAAACCCGUUGUUGUACUGUUGGAAGAUCAGAGAAGUGAGGCAAGCUGUGAAAGAAACAUUAAAGCAAAUGUUCCGUUGUUCGAGUUAGUGUACUUUACUUUUCCGCUGUAUACUAUUAAAAUUCAUGCGAAAAUUCCCGUUUAACUAAUUACAUUUUAUACUGUUGUGAAGUAUUUUGAACGUUAUUUUCAAAUUUUCGUUUGGGUCAAGGUUAGUCCUGAUUCUGUCCACAUAAUUAGGUCUUUUUCUGUUUUGACCUUUUGUUUCUUCUUGUAAUUGAAUUUUUUCUUAGCUCGCCAUUUUUCUUACUGCGAUGUUAGGAAUAUUCUUCGCUCAGUGCCAUUGUCAAAUGUUAGUUUUUCACAGAUAGUCGUGUUUGAGAUGUUAGUGCUGACCUUGGUUCUUAAUUAAGUCCCGUUAAAGUUCCUGUUUGGGUUUCAGAUCACCAGCGUUUUAGAUUUUUAUUGCGUUGUGACGAUCGCAACCAUGUAGGUUCAGUAAUACCAAAACAUUACCCACACUAUAUAAGUUCACCAUGAUUUUAAUUUAAUUUAUUCCCACAGUCAGCUGACCCGAACAUGUCCAGCUUUGGCAAUAAAAACCGUUGCUAUUUGAAUUGCUAGAGAAGAAGAUUGAAGUAGGAGACGAUAUAAGAGCGUUAAGAGUAUAGCUGCUGUAGAAGUCAAGAAAAAUAAAAACCAAGAUGUAAGAAGUAAACUCUCGGUACUUCAUCGAUUAGCGAGUGAGUUGCUCGAACACGCCCCCACAAUACUUACCGGAGUUCUUUUUCAUCAUCUGUUUUUCCGAAAAAAAGACGUCCAGUCUUUUAAAAGUUCGGCUUAAAAUCUAUAGGAGGUAUAAUUACCCUCUUAGCCUUGGAAAUCAUUGUUAAGUCGCAAACGUGAAACCGGGUUGGAGAGACACUAUGGUACCUCGAAAAACAGCAACAAGAAAAGAGCUUCGAUUAGCUAUCCUAUGCUCAAUGCUAAAUUCACGAGACAUGUAGACCACAUGAACAAAACCUACAUCAGUUCUUUAUAGGUGGAAGCUCAGAAUAAGUAACAAAAACGAAAACAAAGAUAUUGAAAACGCAUCCACGUUGCAAGCAAAUAUAUACUCUUGAAUUCUGAACAUUUAGCAUACGUUUACCCUGCUUAUAUUGGCAAGAGCAUCUACUUUUUGUCCUGUGGUCUCCUCAUAAUUAAGAGCUUCGCAAGGUUCUGUAUGAUACACGUAUUUGGGCUGCAUAAAAUAGCGAGGGUUACUGCAGGCAGUAGGCAUUGAAUAUUUAACCUUAGCUUGCAUUUUGCACAAAAUAAGGUGUAAAGAAAAUUCGAGCACUAAUUAGAAGGUGUCUGUUUCAGUUUCACCAAAACGUUUACUCACAUGAAAGCAAAUUAAUGCACACGACCACAUAAUAUUUUGCAAAAAAGUUCAACAAUCGCGCUAUGUAUAUAAUAUAUUUUACAGCUGGUCUCUUUGCGGAAGAGAAAGCUGGCAGCGCACGAUUAAUAGCAAUAUGAUGUUGAAAUAGAGGAUAUUACAUGGCAGCGCGGGGAUACGAAUUUUAUCUACGAGUGCUGAAAGAGAUACUUUCAGCACGAGAAGGUAAAAUUCGAAUCCCCAAGCGGCCAUGUAAUGUUCUGUUUAUUUUAUAGAUGCUGAUGAAAUUUUACAUAAAACACAAUUUUUUGUAUUCAUUUUCGAAACAGCAAAAUAGUGCAAUUAUAGUGGUCACCUAUCGCAAAAUGCCUGCUACAAAAAUUUUAUGAAACUCGGAAAUAAAGUUAUAAAGAAGAAAUAAAGACAAUAAUACUUAUGAUUUUCUGUUCCAAAAAGUCGAAAUUAAUGUUAGUAACCAUGGGGACACCAAUAUCCUUACACGUCAAAGAUAAAAAUAGCAUCUUUACUGCGCGCGAUGAAGAUAUGAUUUUUUAUUAGUAAAAGGAAAAAUCCUGGUAUUUCAUCAGUAUCUAUAUAAUAAAUAGCGGAUACUAAAUAGUUUCACGACAAUUUAAGAGGUAUAGAUCGCCCAAAUGUACGUCAACAAAACGAGAUGUCAUUAUGAGGUUUUCGUGCGUUUCGCCUCUCAUAACAAACCCAAAAAUUAAAUUCCUUUCCAGCCAUCUGACCUCAAGUAAGUUAAUAACACAAAUAUAUUACGUUCUGCUAGGAAGAUAGCGAUGGCUCAAGCUUGUUAACAGCUUGUGUUACUGCAAAGUUUAUGCCAAAUUACUGUAGAAUGUUAAUGAAGAAAUACAUCAAGGUUGAACUGCACCGACAACAUUUUAAUACAUGAAAAAUCAUUAAAUUCGGCCGUGUAUGAACAAGUUUUACCUGGCUCAUCAUAGCAAGCUAGUAUUUCUUAAAAGCUUAAUUUGUCUGAAUUUUUUCUUUUUUUCUCUCUCUUUCUCUCUUAAAAGUAUCUCAAUCUUUUAAACUUAAAACGGAUAUUAAUUAGUUUAGUUUUCUGCCAAAUUACUUCAGUAAGUACGAAAACAAAGGCUAUUAAGGAGCAACGAAAGACCUAAAAAGUUAUUAAAAUAGUCAGUGAGCUAUAUAUAGUUCAAGUUCGUGACACUGUAUUUUGUCUGCUUGGGCUUCAGUUAGAAAAACGUAUAGUCUGUGCCAGGCUCUCAAAUAGUAGAGAUGUCGCAAAAACCAUAACUAUGCGAAAAUAAAGCGAAAAUAAGACGCUCUUGAUCAAAAAAAACAAUUUGUGCUCGACCUUAAACUAUUUUAUGUCUUACUUCAACUUUUCAAAACAAAUACAUCUCGGCAUUUUUGUUUUUGUUGAACUGAGGUUCAUGAUAAUUAUAAAAACAAGAAGACUAGUUUGUGUAAUCAAAUGGUGACGAAUAAUUCAAUUCCAGGCCAAACUUUUAAUGGUUUCCCUACCAUCAAGACAUGUUGUGCUCUUUAGUGUGUUAGGACUUGUAACAUCAUUUUUUAUUCCCCUGAUGUCUUCAUUCAUAACAUCUCACCUAGACAUCAUUAAACUUGGACGCCAUCUCGGGCAUUCAGAGUACAAAAGCUGCCAUAGCUGAAUUUAUGAAUUAGUAUAGGUAAUAGCAUGAUUUGUAGUGAUAUUUGGCAUAAAUACCACGAGUAAUAUUUCAAAAUUGUUAUACGUAAUUUCACGAGCCGUUAGUGAUAUUUAUGCAAAAUAUCACGUACAAAUCAUGCUAUCAUUUGUUUGUAAUACUACCCGCGAAGGUUUUGUAAUUUUUACAUGUGGGUAUUUCAAAUUAAGCUGAAAUACCACUGCUCUUAGCCAAUCAAAUUAAGGAAAUUUCUCAUGUAGUAGUAUAAACGCCGAAAUUUCGCGCCAAAUUAAGGAGUAACUUGUACCCGAGAAAUAACCACGCACCUAGCCUUAGUUAAUUAGGUAAUUUAAAAGAUACAAUAGGGCCAUUUAUACGAGGAAAAAUAAGACGCGUCUUAAAUAAGACGAGAACUUUCCGUAUAAACGGCACAUUUCGUCUAAAAUAAGACGCGGUUUAGCUAAGACGCGUCUUAUUAGAUAAGACAUGCUCGUAUAAAUGGUACAGUUCGCGUCUUAUUUAAGACGCAUCUUAUGUAAGACGCGCCUUAUUUUUCCUCGUAUAAAUGGCCCUAAUGACACACUCGCACCCGUAUAAAAGAAAGCGAUAUGUUGGCACCUGCAUAUCGUUGCAUCGCAGCCAAAUGGCGUUAAAAAAUUUUACUGAAAAUUACAGCAAAACAGUCGAAGAACUAUCCUGUUCGGCGGAAUUCUUCAGAGGAUUGCGAGCUAUUUUCCUUUCAGCGCUAAAUAUUUUUCUUUCCAUUACUGCAUUUCUGGGGAACACUCUAAUCCUAGUUGCCCUACGCAAGGAAACUUCACUUCAUGCGCCGUCCAAACUCUUGUAUCGUAACCUAGAGAUAACUGAACUCUGUGUUGGCAUCAUUGCUGAUCCUUUGGCUGUGACUUAUUGGACUUCUGUUGUGAAAGAAAGAGGGGAUAUUUGCUAUUACGCUUAUUUGGCAGAAAACCUUUCAGGUCAUACCUUAUGUUCCGUGUCUUUAUUAACAUUGAUUGCAAUAAGCUUGGACAGACCUCUCGCCUUGUUGCUAGGGCUCAGAUACAGACAAGUUGUAACCUUGAAAAGAACGUGUGUAACUGUAUUUGGGUUUUGGAUUUUGUCUAUAGUGUGUUCGUCUUGUUAUUCGCUUAUAAUAAAGCCGAAAGUUGCGCUCAGGCAAUUUAACAUGUCUGAGCGAAUUGAUUAGACUCCCUUGGUCUUAAAAGUAGCGCGUGGGAACAACUGAUACAAGAUCAAUACACGUGCAUGUCAUAAUCCAACCUAAUUAAGGUUGUUUUCUGUCUAUUUGAAGCUUUAAGUUAUAACCAAACAAAGACAUCACCUGCUUUGCUUUUGCUUAACAGUGCAAUAUCUCAGAAAAACAGGAAGAACUAAGAAUGAAGUUACCAUGCGCUUAGAUAAUUAGUUUACACAAUAUAGAUGCUGUGGGGAAAUACUGAUGUUAGUAAUUUUUAAAGUGCGUACUUGCGAGUAGUUACAGGGCAGUGAAAUGGCAGUCAGUAGACAAAUUUGACACAUGCACUUCCACCCAUAUAAAAGGAAAUGAUACGUUAAACAGUACAGGCAGCUGCAUAUCGUUGCAUCGCAGCCAAAUGGCGCUAAGAAAUUUUAAUGAAGACGUUAGCAAAACACUCGAAGAACUAUCCUGUCCGGCGGAAUUUCUCAGAGGUGGAGCUCUAGUUGGCGAGCUUAUCUUUUUAUCAGCGCUAAAUAUUUUUCUUUCCAUCACUGCAAUUCUGGGAAACACUCUGAUCCUAGUUGCCCUACACAAGAAAACUUCACUUCAUCCGCCGUCCAAACUCCUGUAUCGUAACCUAGCGAUAACUGAUCUGUGUGUUGGUAUCAUUGUAGAGCCUUUGGCUGUGACUUAUUUUACUUCUGUUGUGAAAGAAAGAUGGGAUAUUUGCUAUCACACAAAUUUGGCACUACGUUUCUCAGGUUAUACUUUGUGUGGAGUGUCUAUAACAACUUCGACUGCAAUAAGUGUGGACAGACUUCUCGCCUUGUUGCUGGGGCUCAGAUACAGACAACUUGUAACUUUGAGAAGAACAUGUAUAAUUGCUUUUGGUUUUUGGAUUUUGUCCAUCGUUGGUUCAUCUUCUAUAUUUUGGAAUCCUUAUAUACUUCUUUGUCAAUACAUAUUUACAGCUCUGUGUCUAGUCACCAUAAUCUACGCUUACACAAAAAUUUCCUAUACUCUGCAUCAUAAUCAAAUACAUGUUCAGAACCAUGUUGCUCAAGGACAACCGAGCCAAGCAAUUCCUGCACUGAACAUAGCUCGAUACAAAAAGACAGUGUUCAGUGCAAUGUGGGUGCAGGGAACAUUGAUUAUUUGUUAUCUACCGUAUUUUAUAGCAGUAGCUUUGCAACUUCAGAGAGGGAUGACUUUAUCCAUUUACCGUGCUCAGCAAUUUACGGCUACCUUAGUGUCUUUGAACUCGUCAUUAAACCCGUUGUUGUACUGCUGGAAGAUCAGAGAAGUGAGGCAAGCUGUAAAAGAAACAUUAAGGCAAAUGUUCCGUUGUUCGAGUUAG